AUGGAGGGAGAAACCGUAGCGAAGGCAGCCGCUAGUUCCUCCUCGUCCCCGAGCCGUUACGAGUCGCAGAAGAGACGAGACUGGAACACUUUCCUUCAGUAUCUAAAGAACCACAAACCACCUCUGAGUCUGUCUCGUUGCAGUGGCGCACACGUCAUCGAGUUCCUUAAGUACCUCGACCAGUUUGGUAAGACCAAAGUCCACGUGGUGGCUUGUCCCUUCUUCGGAGAGCCUAACCCACCGGCUCAGUGCACUUGCCCUCUUAGGCAAGCUUGGGGAAGCCUCGACGCUCUCAUCGGUCGUCUCAGGGCUGCGUUCGAGGAAAUCGGCGGUGGUCUUCCCGAGUCAAACCCUUUUGCUGCCAAGGCCGUUAGGAUCUAUCUUAAGGAAGUCCGUGAAACUCAGGCCAAGGCUCGAGGGAUUCCUUACGACAAGAAAAAACGGAAACGGCCUUCUACCUCCGCGACAACUCCAACCGCCGGUGAUGGAGCCGACGCCGGAGGAAGUGGUGGUGCUGCUUUGGUCGUUACCGCUGCAACCGCCGUAUAG